AGUUUCUCACAUUUUUAAUUUUUACAGUGAUAAGAUAAACUAUUUUAGUAGUUACUACUUAGAGUGGAACCUCCACAACAUUAGGGUUUAUGUUAUGGCUAAUCAGCGCACAUGCAAACAUUUGCUACUUUUACAUUGCUUCCAGCGCAUAUGUAAAAUAUAAGAGAUGCACUGAAAAGAGAAUGUGGAGAAUGACUACACACUAAUGGUGAGUGAGAGGUGGGAGGACACGCCCAAUAUGCAAAUAGCAUGACCAACAUCAGGUAAAAACCCCUGCACAAUUGCUUAGUAGACCCCGUUCAACUAAAGAGUAAAACUGAGCAUGUGCAGUAGUGCAGAGUAGUUAUCUUGGUCUCAACUAGGGUUCAACUACAGUUUAUAAAUUUUGCAACACAAACUAUUUAGUUAAAGUGGCAACUUUUACCAAAAACCUAAUAAACUUAGGUGAGGUGACUAGUUUGAAAUUGUUUACGAUGCAGUUCGAUAGUUUUUGUCCAGCUGACUUAAAAAUCACAUUAAGCAGAACAAUUUAAUUUUUUUUUUUACAGUGAGGGGACUCUACCUCAUAAAGCUGACUAAGAAAAUGAAAGAUGCACACAGUUGUCAUCUAACCAAGAAGAGGUGUCUCCUUUAAAGAAUGUAAAAUAUAAAACAUAUAUUUUUUUUGUUGAAUAAAUAAUUCCAUAUGCAUUUCUUAAUAGAAAAAUUAUAUAAAAAAAACACUGAAUAUAAAGUGUGUCCAAACUGUACGACAUUUUUGUCACUGUACUUUAGGUACUGGCGGUGAUACACAUCCUACUAUAACUAACUAGCAGAGGGCUAGAUUGGCGAUGGCUCCAUUUUUGAGAGAUGUGCUCAAAAAUGAGAUUUUGGGAGUUUAAGUGUCAGGUCUCAAUUUUAAGGAAUAACUUUUUAGGAUAAUACCAGAGAGAGAUUUAAGAGUUGAAAAUAAAGUUUAGGAGAGUGUCUCAAAAUAAGAUGAAGGGGAAUCUAAGUAAUGAUCAAAUUAAUUUAGUGUCUGGCCCAAACUACAGGAUUUUUCAACUGAUGUUAAAAAUAUGAGGGAUCCCACAGAUAAAGACAUUUUUUUUACUAAUGUUUAUGUAUUUAAUUGCUGGUUGUUGGUUAUCAAACUUCCCACACAAAACAAUCUGUCCUGAAUGACACACCACAUACUGUAAGAAUAUGUAUUCCAAGCCAACACCUCAGAACCUCGCGACAGUUUCUUACAAACUGUAUGUAAACCAUCAGUAAAUACGGAAAGUGGUCCUUGAACAUCUACAAACAUCUACGCUGUCUACUGUAUAGACUGUUACCAUAUAUUAUUAGACUAUAAAAAUGUGUCUAAACAUUUAUUGCUACUAUAUAUCUGGAGUUGGCUCUCUAGGCUCUCGCCAUGUCUGUUUAGCCUCAGAUGAAGAUCAGUGUCGCCCCACACCACAUGUAGCGAAACUCAGCACUGACCUUUUUCUAUAAACAGAAAGAAAAGUAACACAGAGCAGAAGGACAGAGGGAAUUCAGAGACAGGAAGAAGCUUCUGGUGAAUAUGGUUAUUUACUCAGAUGGAAGUCUAGUGCGUGGUGAGCUCCAUGUGUGUUUCUGGUGGAGUGAUUCAGUUAAUGGGAGGGGGCUGACAUAAUCUUGGAUGAUUACUUGACUACGUGCUGGAGUUCAUGUUGGGAGUGGUUUCCGGUUCUGCUGUAGCAGACUGUUGUGGAUGUGCUGAGGACACUCUCCAAAAACACAGAGAAACAGAAAUAAAGCAGUGAAUAAAUAUUUGAUAAGGAUGUUUUCUGUUGCUGCUUGGGGCAAAAACCAAGGAUUCCCAGCAGAGCAAAAUGAAACUAUAGUCUGGCAUCCCCGGGCUCCUACUGCCAGGGCCCCUACUGCCAGGACCCCUACUGAAAGGUCCCCUACUGCCAGUGCUCCUACUGCCGGGGAACCUACUGGUGGGAUCACUGUAGUGGUUGACACGGCGCGUUGGAGAUAUCAGAAACAGUCGAGAAAAACAAUCGGGGUUAUUCAAAUUAUAUUUGGACUGGUUUUUCUUGCGUUUGGAAUUGGCUUUUUAGUCUUCGCCCCGGCUGCUCUCUAUAUUGGAUUUCUUAUCUUCAACUGUCUGUCUCACUUCCUCGCCGGCUGUCUAAGUAUUGCAUCACCACUGAACAAUUCCAAUCCCUUUUUUGGAUGUCAACAUCUGUAUUCGGUGAAAAACUCUGCGUGGGCAAAUGUAAUCAGUGUUGUAGCUACAACAGUCCUGAUUGUUCUACUGCUUUUUGACUUUAUCAUGGAUUUUGGAUAUGAGUGCAGCGGAUUAUGGGAUUAUGACUGCAUAGAAGCUAAGCACCGGAUUCAUGUGCUCACAGGAUUCCUGACGGUGUUCACGUUCUUUGCCUGCUUCAGCUCCGUAAUGUUCUUAGGGAACAGAUUAAAAGGCUACUGCCCCGAAGCAACGGGAUCUGUUGUCAGUAUGCCUCCAACCCAAUCAGCUGACUCUUCAAUGCCCACUGCAUUCCAAGAUCCCGCCGGUCAUCAGGGAUCUGUUGUCAGUGUGCCUCCAGCCCAAUCAGCCCACGCUUCAGCGCCCACUGCAUUCCAAGAUUACACAGAUCAUCGGAACUCGUGUUACAGUGAUUAUGGAACAACAGCGAUGGAUGUGCACAACACAUGUUCAGACGAUCCUCCAUCAUACGAUGAAUGUGUCCAAACAGACUGGCAAUGAAGAAGUUCUGAGAAGUCCUGAGAUGAUGUCAUGAUGCUUUUUUUUCAGUUUAUAAUCUCUUAAAUUUUUGUAUAUUUAUAAAUGUUCACCACUGCUGUCAUAUUGAUCCCUUAAAUGUGCACAAUGUUCAUUAGAAUAUUUUCCAGCAUUUAAAAAAUGUGAGUAUUGCAAAACAAAUGGCCAAAGGGAAUGACUGUAAGUCAUGUAAGUGUACUGUAAAAAAAAACUGUGCUGAACAAUAGUAGCUGCUUUUUUUCACACUGUGAAGCUCCAGCUCAUCCCAAAUCACCAUCUUAGCUUAGGGUUUAGGUCAGGAGGUUGUGGAGAAUUAACACUUAUUUUGUUAAUUACAUAAUUCCAUAUUUGUCCAUUAAUUGAUUUUAUACACAGUCUUUUAUAUUACAUUCAGAAUGUGUUACAAUUCAGAAAAUACAUUAAAGAAAAAAAAAACAAGAAAAAACAUUAAAUGCUAAGGUGUGUCUAAACUUAUAUAUUACCCGUAUUGCUUUACUGGUUGCGUUGUUGCCAUAUUGUUUAAAGUGUCUGUGUCAUUUGUAUCAUGUUGUAAGUUUUGUUGUAACUUUUGCUUUAAAUAAACUUAAACCUGAA